AUUUAUACAAUUAAUUUAACCUGCUGUUUAAGUAUGAAGCGAUGGGGGCGCGACCCCCCAGACCAAAACGAGGCGACCUUUGCCAAAUCCGCACUGUGUUCGCUGCUCUCAACUUAAGACGAAGUCUUGAACGAUACACAAAUAACUCAGCCUUUUAGGGCAGACAUCUGGGCCACUACUCGAAGACGCUUGCAUCCCUACUUGUCGCGCCCGGCGAGGCGUUCUUCGUUUGUCUAGAUAUUUCAUGUUGCUCAAAUGUCGGGCUUGUCAGAUGAAUACGAUAACGUGCUCGACUGUUAAAGCCAUGCUCGCGGGUACCCGAAAGCGACCAAACCCCAAAGAGAGCCUUUCGGCAGGGCCUUUCACUUGCCUCAGACCUGCGCCUCGUAAACCUCUGCCCAAACAAUGACAUUUUGUAUACGGGAGAGGACAAUCGGACGAGAAGAGGACUUGCACGCUUGCACGCUUGCAGAGUGGCGAGGGCGCAAGAAUUGCACUGAACGCGCGGGACUUCAAUUUGGUGUAUUAUAUUAUCAUAUCAUAUGCUUAAAUAUUUAUGUCAAGCUCUUUAAAGCACACUUGACUUCCAUUCCCGAUUUUGUUGCAUGGGCGCCUCGUUUUGGUCUGGGGGGUCGGGGCGUCCACGCAGUAUGAAGGCCUGCUACCCUGCACGCCUAACUCGCGGCACAGCAACCCCCCGCUGUGUUCUCAUCGCUCACAAACAGCCGCAGCAUCAGAAGUGCGUCACGGGCAAGGCAUUGCCACCAGAUGCCGCGCCUGCUGUGCUGGAGACGCGCAACAAGCUCAUCUCGUCUGGAAUUCCCGACGCGCAAGUUGACGCCAUCCUAGCCAACUUCAUCCCAUCCCACUCCAGCGUUGCAACUAAGGAAGGCAUCAAGGAGCUGCGGCUCUACCUCUUUCUCCUGUUGGUCCUGAGCGUCACUCCCCAGAGCCCGCUCGGGACACUGGUCGCGGCUCUCUGGGAGGUGGUCAAACCGUGAGCCCACCCGGGCCACCCGAGAGGACCCCGGCUGCUGCGUCCAGGAUGCGGUGCGCUACUGCCCUGCAACAUGCAGCUGGAGACCCAUUUACGCGCAUGUGGAGCAGCAGCUAGCACAGCUGUGGUCUUGCAUCAAUUACAACGAUGGACCUGAACCCCUGGACCUGAAGGACAGGCUGCGCGUGGUUAUGUGUCGGAGUUGGGAAGGUGCGCUGUUCGGCUGGGUAUUCGUGGAGGGCAGGUGCCACCCAUGCGGUGGCUGUGCGAAAGCGUGGUUCGGUGUUGCGUACCCUUCAGCGAGUCGAUGUGUUGCUGUGUUGCACACAUCGUCACGGCCGUCACAGGGUUUUGGAGGCGCCUGCACGAAUUCGCAGGCCUAGGGUUACCGCGGAAGGGAUGGCAGGACGUGUGCGCAGGGCACCCUCUGCGAGCGGUGCAGAAUGGACGCAUCAGGGUGCGCCAGCCCGAAAACUAACGUAGCGGAACUAGAGUCACGGUGUGCCGCCGCCGCGGUGUGCUUGGCGUCUUAUUGGUCGGUUUGUUGCAGCUCGCAACCGCUGGAACGAGCGGGGUGUUACUGUUAGUGCGGUGCUUUGUGUGUUUUGUUUGAGAGCGAGGGGUUGCCCUCCUAGGCUUCCAGGGGACUGGCUUGUUUGCGGUGUGCUCAGCUUAGCCUGUCCCGUGUGCGGUGGCUUUUUGCGUGUUUUUGCCGGCUUGGGAAGUAGGUGCUAGCCGAACGGUGGUAAAGUGGACACGGUGGCUCCUGGGAAUUGAGCGGGGUUUUUUCUUUCUUGCUGUCUGGUUGGCCUGCUGCCUGCUGCACUAGUGCUUGAUAGCUGGGCGCGACUGGGCACAUAUGGCGGGCGGUGCCUUUACCAACCGACCCCGGCUAUGUCCGGGAGAUGAGGCUAGUAUCGGAACCUUCGGCCUCAGACGGAGGACGUGGCGUGGCGGCACAGCCCACUUUUCCCUUGCAAGGGAGAGCCACCUUUUCUUGUCUUUCUUGCUGUGGAGGUGUUUGUGCGCGAUGUGUGCGAGCGAGCUGCCUGUUCUUGUUCUUGUGCGUUCUACGUCUGACCUGUGGGGUCAGGCGCCCUGUGUUCACGGCGGUCAAGCGUCUUGGAUGUUUUGACCGCCGUAGGCUCGGUUUGUGUGCGCCGGUCAGGUUUCGGCGCUCUCGCCAGUCCUACAAGACUGGUAGGCUGCAGCGGCCGUGUUUCGGGCCCGGGUCAGAGGUCUCCCCGCAGCUGUAACAUAACACAUAUCGUCGAUACACCGUGUAGUUUCGAGAAUGAAAAAGCUGGCCGAGACUGCUCUUCAGCUUGAAGUUGGAGUCGGGCUUCUCGUUGCAAUGCUGCCCCUUC